AUGAAUCCAAAUUUUUAUUCUUUUCCAUAUUAUGAUUAUCCACCAGAAGAUUUUAAUUUGAUCCCUAAUGAAUUUUAUGGUCAUCAUUUAUUCUAUGGUGGACCUGCGGGUACACUUUAUCCAUAUUCGAACUUUCAAUUUAAACCGUCUCCUUUAUAUGAACGUAGAAGCUUUCUAGAGUUGCCAAAAAAUAAAUUUGCAAGGGAUUUCUUUGAAAAUAAUUUUCAUAAACGUUCUGCUGAACCACUCUUGAAUCCACCAACAGUUUUCAUGUCGAAUCAAUAUCAAGAUGCUGAAAAUACUCAAGCUGAAAAUCUUAAUUCUGUUAACAUGGCUGCGGCUAAUUCUAAUAAUUUAGCAAGUUCAAAAGAUAAAGAGUCCGCAAACACAUUGGUUAAUAAAAGACAGUCUUCUAUAGCACCUAUGGUGCCGCAAAUCUUUUCAUCGAAUCAAUUUCAAGACAUCGAAAACUUAGAAGCCUCCAACCUUAAUAAUGCUGAAAUGUCCGCGACUAGCUCUAAUACAUUUGCAAAUUCGAAAGAUCAAGAAUCAGCGAACACGAUGAUGUUUCAUAAAAGAAAUCAAUCUCAACCUUCGGAUGAAAAGCGCUCCAUAGCACUUACCCCACCAUCGGUCUUUUCUUCGAAUCAAAAUCAAGAUAUCGAAAAUACUGAAGCCGCAAACCUUAACACAGCUGAAAUGUCAGCGAAUAAUGCUAAUACUUUAGCGAAUUCAAAAGAUAUAGAAUCAUCAAACUCAAUGUUUCUUAGAAGGAUUUUACCUCCAUCUAAGCCAUUCAUUUCGACCAAUCAAAACCAAGAUCUAGAAAAUCUUGAAGCCGCAAACCUUGGAACAGUUGAAAUGUCAGCGAAUAAUGCUAAUGCUUUCCAAUCUUCAAAGAAUGUAGAUUCAUCAAAUACGUUUAUGAUUCAUAAAAGAAAUCAUCUUAAAUCUUCGGCUCAAGAGCGUUCCAUAUUACCUAAUUUACCAUUACCUAAUUCACCAUUACCUAAUUCACCAUUACCUAAUUCACCAUUACCUAAUUCACCAUUACCUAAUUCACCAUUAUCUAAUUCACCAUUGGGUUUCUUCUCUAAUCAAAAUCAAGACAUAGAAAAUACAGAAGCAGCUAACCUGAACAACGUUGAAAUGUCUGCUACUAAUGCUAAUAAUUUACAAUCAUCAAAAGAUGGAGGAUCAUCGAAUACGUUCAUGAUACAUAAAAAAAGAGAACAUAAAUAUUCAGAUCAAGGACGUUCCAUAUUACCUAAUGCGCCAUUAAAUUUCUUAUCUAAACAAGACCAAGACAUAGAAAACACGGAAGCCGCUAACCUGAACAACGUUGAAAUGUCUGCAACUAAUGCUAAUGCUUUUGCAUCUUCAAAAGAUCAAGGAUCUGCAGGCAAUGUAAUAAUAAAAAAACGAAACGAACUUUUUGAACGUGACGCCGGUAUACAACAUUCAUUAGAUCAGUACCCGGACAUUGAAGAAGGUACUACUAAUAUUGACGUUCUCUGA